AUGGAGAAGUAUGAACUGGUGAAGAGAAUUGGGAAAGGUGGAUUUGGAACGGCCAUCCUUGUCAAAUCCAAAGAGGAUGGACACCAAUAUGUCAUCAAAGAGAUAUAUGACAUAUCUAGAAUGUCACCUGAAGAGAGGCAGAAAGCUCAAAAAGAAGUUGAAGUCCUCGCCAAGAUGAGUCAUUCCAACAUUGUCCAGUAUAAAGAGUCUUUUGAAGAGGAGGACUGUCUGUAUAUUGUGAUGGACUACUGUGAGGGAGGAGACCUCUUAGAGAAGAUCAAAUCUCAGAAAGGAGAACUUUUCUCAGAAGAUCAAAUCCUGGACUGGUUUGUGCAGAUUUGUCUGGCACUAAAGCACAUCCAUGAUAGAAAAAUCCUCCACAGGGACAUUAAACCACAGAACAUAUUUUUGACAAAAGGUGGGACUGCACAGCUCGGGGACUUUGGAGUUUCAAGGGUGCUGAACAGCACUGAAGAACUGGCAACAACAGUCACAGGAACACUACUUUACCUUUCACCAGAGAUCUGGGAAAACAAACCAUAUGACAACAAAAUUGAUAUUUGGGCCCUCGGCUGUGUCCUGUAUGAAAUGUGCACUCUUAAGCCUGCAUUUGAGGCUGGUGAUAAGAAGGAUCUAGAACUGAAGAUCAUCGAUGGCUCAUACCCUCCUGUGUCUGAUCACUACUCCCAAGAACUGCGUUCUCUCUUGGAACAGCUGUUGAAACACGACCCCACAGAGAGGCCCUCAGUCAGCAGCAUACUGGAAGAACCUUUCCUCUCCUGUAGGAUACAGAAGUUCCUCACACCACAGGUUCAGUCAGAGACUCUUAUGAUGUCUGACAAAAAAAGAAAAAAGAAGACACUUGAAGAGGAGAAGAAGCAUGAAGAUAACGGUCCAUCAAUCACCUCUACUGCUGGUGCAGAAUCUGGUUAUGUAACCCAAGAAGCUCACAGUGCUGGUGUCGGCUGCGAGGAGGGAAACACUCCCUCUAAAACCGCUCUGUGUGGGAAACAUGACAGCGAGACAAAAGCUCAAAGCUGUGUGUCCAUGAAGAGUGAUGAUUCUAAGGAUUGCAUUAUAUUAUUUAAAGAUGGGCAAUCUACUGGUGAGCUACACUUUUCUUCAGCAUCAGUUCAGAGUGAAGCAGGUGGAGGUGAAGAUGGUGUUGAUAUAGAUGUUGAUACUGAGAUAAAUUCAGACAAACACCCACUUGAGACAAAAUGUCUCAACAAAAGAAAAGUUUUGUUGCAGCCUGUAGUGAUUUUACAGUUUCUUGAUGUCUUUUUCAACUUUCUCUCCAAACUUGGACUGAAAAAAUUUUAUACCAACAAGCUCACUCUUCAGUCUCUUCUGGAAAUCAACAAAAACAGCAUUUAUGAUGAAACUGUUGAAUCACUGGAGGAAAUACCAUGGUGCUUUCUCAGGAAACUCUUUCAAAUCAAUGCAAAAUGCAGAAACUGUACACAGUUAUCAAACAAUGAUGAUGAUGAUGAUGAUGAUGAUGGAAACAAUGACUUUGACAAAGACACAGAUGACUCUGCAGACAACAAGGUUAACCCUCUCGACCUCAUAGUCGCACUCUUUCUUUGUGCUGACAGCUUCUUGCAACAGGAAAUGGCCCUCAAGAUGUCAAUGUGCCAGUUUUCUGUCCCACUGCUGUUGCCUCAUGGUGAUAACAGUCAGUGUUCCCUGAUGCUGUGGGCUCUGAGAGACAUCGUCAAAGAGUGGUGUCCACAUGAUUUGUCUGAAUCAAGAGGAUUUGUUGAAGACAACAUUGUCCAAGCAAAUAUACCAUUCUUUACCUUUGUGAGGCUGAAAAACUGUAGUUUGUCCAAGUCACAGAUGUUGAAUCAUGUUCUCAGUCAUGGUCAACAGAAUCACAACAUCUUCAUACACAGAGAUAUGGAAGGAGGAGAACUUAUAAGAAAAAUUGCAAAUGGUUUGGUUGAGGUUUUCUGGUACCUUCCCAGUGGCAAAAAAGAUCUAGACAUAUUUCCAGAACCAGUUGCCUUUGCCAAUUUGAGAGGAGACAUUUGUGAGUCACUCGCACAAUUCAAUUUUCUAUUUCAAGUGUCAACUGCUACCUUUGUGUUCCUGGACAAAGUUGAAGAAAAUGAACACAAGAUUCUGACUUCUCUUCAAGAUGUGAAAUCCAAACUCUUCUUGAUUGUUAAUCGCAAGGACAACUCUAGAGAGGACAUGAUGUCUGUCCAGACAACACUGAAAGAGUUAGAGCUACCAAAAAGCAGCGUGAAAACCAAAGACUCAAAGGUAAAUGUUGCAGAGUUCUCAAAGAAACUUUGCACAGCCAUCAAGAAAUCACUGCCAGAAGAAACACCCACAUUGAACAUUGUCAAUAUGGUUGGAAAAGCGGUUGAACUUGGUCUGUCUGUGGAUGAAAACACAAGUGACAAACAAAAGAAAGCAGUUGAGGAGAUCAUGGUUGACAUUGAGGGGCGAAGUAUUCCAGACUACAAGAAACAACAACUUCCUUUGCAGGGAGAUAAGUGGAAAAGAUUAUCACAGUUAGAGAAGGAGGAGUGUAGAUUGAAAUAUGGUGACUCAAGCCCUGAAGAGUAUAAAUGCCAGCUACAGGAAGAAAAACAAAAAAUUAGGGAGGAACAAAGCAAACAAAAACUGUCCAAAGGAAUGAAGAGUUUUAUUAAAACUUUAUCCACAAGUGACAAAGAAGAAAGAGAUUUUUUCCUUAAGUGGAUGAAACUCAAGUUUAACACACAUUCACGGAGGAAACUGUCUGAGCUGCGCAAGGAAUUCAAAGAGCAAUGUGAGAAGAAAGAUAAAAAUCUCACUGCAGAGUCACAACAGGCUUUGAUGGAGAGCUCCUUAGGAGUAGAGCAUUACAUGAGAGAGAUGGGACUCAUCUAUGAGUUCUCAAUUUCUGGCUCAAGAAACACUGCUGAUGAAAUAUCUUGUCUCCCUGGUUUGGCAGCUGAAAUGCUGUUGGAUGGACAUCUUUUAGAGCUCUUGGAUGGAGAUGCUUCCAACAUCCCAGAGAGAUGGGUGACAGAUGUGCUGAUGGAGCUUCACAAGAAGGUUGGAGGGAAGAGCAGAUUGUUAGUACUGACUGUGCUGGGUGUUCAAAGUACAGGGAAGUCAACACUCCUCAACACCAUGUUUGGUGUGCAGUUUCCUGUCAGCAGCGGCAGAUGCACAAGAGGAGCUUAUAUGCUUUUCCUCAAAGUUGCAGAGGAUAAGAAACAUGAGUUGAAUUAUGAAUUUAUAGUUCUCAUUGACACAGAGGGUCUAAAGUCUCCACGUAUGGCACAACUAGAGGAAAGUUAUGAGCAUGACAACCAGCUGGCAACCUUUGUGAUUGGUUUAAGUGAUGUCACCAUUAUCAACCUCGCCAUGGAGAACUCAACAGAAAUGAAAGACAUCCUGCAAAUUGCAGCUCACGCCUUCUUGAGAAUGAAGGAAAUUGGUAAAAAGCCAGUUUGUCAUUUUGUGCACCAAAAUGUUUCUGGAGUUUCAGCUCAUGAAAAUACCAGAACAGAUAGAAAGAAGCUCUUGGACCAGCUCAAUGAAAUGACACAAAUUGCAGCUGAAAUGGAAAAGAACCCUUCUAUUAAAGCUUUCACAGAUGUGCUGGACUAUGACAUGGACAAAAACCACUGGAACAUCCCAGGACUCUGGCAAGGAACCCCUCCGAUGGCACCAGUGAACACAGGUUACAGUGAAGCUGUAGCAGAUUUCAAGAAAAAUCUUUUGACAACAGUGAAAACAGACCGAAGCAAUGACGUCUCACAGAUCCCAGAGUUUCUAGAAUGGAUGAGAAGUCUCUGGAAAUCAGUGAAAUAUGAGAACUUCAUCUUUAGUUUCAGAAACACUCUUGUGGCUCAGGCCUACGACAACCUUUGCAAAGAGUUCAAUCAAUGGGUAUGGCAGUUCAGAAAAGAAAUCCUCUCCUGGCAAAAAGAAGCAGAGUUGGAAAUCUUAAAUUCUGAAAUUGAAUCUGAACUCCAACAUUUAAAUGAUUUGGUUGAAUCAAAAAAAUCAGAGGUGUCAGAAAAAAUAGUAUCUGAAGAAAGAAAACUGAAGGAGAAACUUACAAACUACUACAAAAAGAAAGACCAGAAUGUAAAUCUGAUAGAAAAAUACAAAAGUGACUUUUUCAACAGCAUCAGUAGUCUCGCAAAGGAAAUCGAACAUUCAGUGAAAAAUAAACUGGAUUGUGCACUUGAGCUGAAAAAAAGUUCAAAAAAUGUUCAAGACAUUCAGAGUAAAUACAGAGGAGUGAUUGAAGACGAGGUCAUGAAGCUCCUGAUUGAGUGUAAAAACUCUGAUGAACUGUCUUAUGAACAGCUGACAGAUAAGUUUGAAAAGAUGUGGACUGAAGCCACUAAAAACGCGUCUGGCCUGAAAGAGCGAGAUAUUGCAGCAUGUGUCCUGAAUCAGUUGAGAGGAAAUUCCUCAAAUCAUAAUGUCAAUGAGAAAUUGCAGAAAAUUGAAGACGUAAAAGAGAUUGGGAAGGAUCCAUUUAAAGCCAGAUGUGAACAUACAGACUCCUGGAUAGAGAAGUUUAAACAUCUGUUUCGACUGGGAAAUCUGCAGAACAUCGCUGACCGUGUCAUUGAGCCUUGCACUGGUUUUGUGUUUGAUAAAGCAAAGACAAACACAGAUUACAAUGACUCUUUUACAAGGGAGCUUCUUGAAAAAAUAGAUGAAUCCCUUGAUCAAAGUUACAAGCAUCACAAAAUAAAUGCGAAGUUUGAGAUUGACCUGAAACUUCACAUUUGUGGCAUUGCCUCAAGGGAAUUCCUCAAAAUGCACCAAAAAUUCUUGUCAGAUAAUGAUCCUCGAACUCAGCUGCAGAAGUAUAAGACUCAGUACUUGUCAGAUUUUCUUCAUUUAUACAAACAGAGAGAUGAUUGUCAGCGCAAAGCAAAGCAUUUUGUCAGAUGUUGUAUCAAACCUGCUGUGGAAGAGUACAUCAACAGAUCUCUGGGGAUAAACAUAGUGGAUGAAAUUUUGACAGGUUGUCAUUCAGCAGAGUUCAGUUCCCGCUCCUUGUUCCAGUACAAGAUUCAGGAAGAGUUGCUGCAAAAGGAAGAAUUUGUGAGUUUUACCACGUACAUUGAUAUGUAUGAAAUACAUGUUAAGGAUUGGAUAGUUGAGCAAAUCCAGCAACAAAUGUCAGAGAACAAAACUUUGUGCAAACUGAAGAUCAAGAACCUUCAAGUCAUAGUUGACAAAAUCACAGCAGCCUUAGAGCAGGCCACAAAAGGACCAGAUGGUGUUCAACUACCAGACAACAAAGAAAGCAUCACAAAGCUCAUCAGCAACAUGCAGAAGAAUUUGAUUAAAGAUAUCUCAAUUUCAGUGGAGGCUGAAAAAACUGCCUUGUUUCAAAUCCAAAGCACGUGUCAUCCAUUUAUCAACAGCCUCAAAAUGUCAAUAGAAGACUUGAAAGAACAGCUUCAGGAGGAAUUCUCAAAGUCUGAAAACAUCACUGAGACUCUGAACAAACUUCCAAUCAAACCACAGGAUGAGCUUUUCAAGCGAGUGUUUGGUUGUGGAAAAAAAUGUCCAUUUUGUAAAGUUCCCUGUGAGGCUGGAGGCAAAGAUCACAAGCAGCAUCAUGCAGCUGUUCAUCGACCACAAGGUCUUGGUGGAUGCAGGAAUGUAGACACCGAUAAGCUGGUUGAAGCACUGUGUACAACUUGUGUGCAAAGUAAACGUAAAUUCAGUAACACAGACACUAAAGGAGAGUGGCAUCCUUACAAAGACUACACCAAGUACCAUCCAGACUGGCACAUUCCUCCAGAUCCCAGCAUGGAGGCAUCUGACUACUGGAAGUUUGUACUGGUAAAAUACAAUGACAGAUUUGCUCGAUUACACGAGGCCAAGCCAGCUGAUGUUCCAAAGGCCUGGAGGAGAAUCACAAAGGAACAAGCACUGAAGGGGUUAAAAGAUGCCUUCAACAUAAAGUGAACAACGUACAAAUGUCUUUAAACAAAACCACAUUUGAAACAUGCAAGAUUUUUCCAAACAAAAAUCUUUCGAGAGGAGCAAAAGGACACGUGGACUAAACAUGUUAGAGCUUUCAGCAGAUCAGAUUGGUCAAAUUCAAUCAGUUAAAUUCAAGAUAGAUCAAUACUGUUUUAAUGUUUAAAAUUUUGUUUUUUUAAUGUAAAUUACAUUGUAUUUCAAACUCAAAUUCAGACUAAAGCAGCUGCUGACAGUGAAUACUGUGACAUCCUUUGGUCUGGUGAACAUGAUGAAUGACAAAUGACAAGUUGCUGAGAAGUUGAAAAGCCGGAAAUAGUUUUGUUAGACUGUUAAACUUUUUCUGUAAUAUUUCUUUUACUUUUUUGUUCUGCGUUUUUAAUUUUUGGAGAUUACAGAUGUUUUGU